CAUACCACAAAACCUUCAGACAAAACUUUCAGACAAAACUUUCGGGCUGCCAUGGCUGACGCCGAAACCGCCACUGCCACCGCCGCGCCGCCGACGACGGAGACGAAGCCACCGGCGGCGGAGCCCAAGCGCUGGGGAGACAUCGAGGACGACGCUCCCGAGGAGCCGACGAGGGUGUCCGGUUCGACUUCGGAGGUUAGCCUCGACGGCUUGAAAAUCGACGAGAGCAAGAAGAUAAACAAGUUCCUCGAUGAACCAGAGGAUAGCAACAUCAAAGCCGUUACGUCCGGAGAUACGCCGUACACGUCGGCGAGUACUUUCGAGGAUUUGAAUCUGUCGCCGGAGUUGCUCAAGGGCUUGUAUGUGGAGAUGAAGUUUCAGAAGCCGAGUAAGAUUCAGGCCAUAAGUUUGCCGAUGAUCUUGACCCCUCCGUACAAGGAUUUGAUUGCUCAAGCUCAUAACGGGUCCGGUAAAACUACUUGCUUCGUUCUUGGAAUGUUGAGUCGCGUUGAUCCCAAGCUCACGGCCCCUCAGGCUCUUUGCAUUUGCCCUACUAGAGAGUUGGCCAUUCAGAAUAUGGAAGUUCUACGAAAAAUGGGAAAAUACACUGGGAUAACUUCUGAGUGUGCUGUUCCAAUGGACAGCAGGGACUACAUGCCGAUUUCCAAACGUGCCCCAAUCUCUGCUCAAAUAGUAAUUGGCACUCCUGGCACAAUAAAGAAGUGGAUGUCCGCGAAGAAGUUGGGUACUAGUUAUUUGAAGAUUCUUGUUUUUGACGAGGCUGAUCACAUGCUUGCUGAGGAUGGUUUCAAGGAUGAUUCCUUGAGGAUAAAGAAGGACAUUGAGAGAAGCAGUUCUCAUUGCCAGGUGCUUCUGUUCUCUGCAACUUUUAAUGAAACUGUAAAAAAUUUUGUUUCGAAGAUUGUGAAAUCAUACAAUCAGCUCUUUGUAAAGAAAGAGGAGUUGUCACUGGAGGCAGUAAAGCAAUAUAAAGUCUAUUGCCACGAUGAGCUGGCAAAAAUCCAAAUUAUUAAGGAGCGGAUUUUUGAUCUGGGCGAGAAUCUUGGGCAAAGGAUUAUCUUUGUUCGAACAAGAAACAGUGCAAGCAUGCUGCACAAGCAGCUUACUGAGGAUGGUUAUACUGUUUCAAGCAUCCAGGGUGCCAUCACACCGGAAGACAGAGACAAGCUCAUAAACGAGUUCAGAAGUGGUCUUUCUCAAGUGUUGAUUUCAACUGACCUCCUUGCCCGAGGUUUCGAUCAACAACAGAUUAAUUUGGUCAUUAAUUAUGAUCUGCCAAUCAAGUAUGAAACACAUGAGCCGGAUUAUGAGGUCUAUUUGCACCGGAUAGGUAGGGCAGGGCGUUUUGGCCGCAAGGGAGCUGUGUUUAAUCUUAUAUGUGGUGAUAGAGACGCUGAAACAAUAAGAAAGAUAGAGCUCUACUUUCAGACCGAAGCUAUUGAGGUUAAAAAUAAUGAUGAAGAGUUCGAGAAUGCAUUGAGGCAGGCAGGCUUGCUCUAAUGUAGUGUUAUUUGGUGUCAUAUGGCAAAUUUAUUAUCUGAGUAUACAUAUGAUAAAUAUAGCAUUUUUUAUUGUUA